GCUCAGGCGCGUUGUGGAGGUCACCCCUGCUGAAACAUUGGCGGAUAUGCGUUAAUAGCUGAGAGAAAAGAAAACUUGGAGAAGUCGCUGUGUAGCUUUGCUGGAGGAAGGAGCGUUAAAGGAUAAAGAAAACAGCGGUCUCCAAGGAUGAAGUUCCUUUUUCUACUGGUUUUAACCUUGUUUAUCGUUGCCAUUUUGGGUGCUGAACGAAGUAAAAUAAGUGACAAGGAACUUCAAGCUUUCACUGAUGAACUGCUUAAGAAGGAUGUCAACAAUGCUGCACAGUAUGUUCACAUUAACUACCAGGGGAAUACAAAGUCCAGCAGUACAACAGAUGAAGCCCCAGAACCGCUUCUUGUGAUCAACAGUCGAGUACUCCAGAUUCCAACAAUAUCAAAGCUACGUCUGCUGUACGAUAACUACAUCCGUGAUGUAGGUGUGAAUGAGCAUGUCACGCCUGCUGAGCUGUCUGAGGAGAACAGUCUGUUAGACUCAUUCAUGGCCACACCUGUAAUGAAACACACCAUGCAUUUCCUGGCAGACAAAGGCUUAGUGAGUAGGGAUCCUAGAGCUCAGAAGGAGGCGCUGAAACAGAUCUGGUUCACCAUGUAUUCCCGAGGAGGUGGCAAGAUGGGAUCUAGUGCAUUUGAACAUGUGUUUCUUGGGGAGCUGAAACGGGGCGAGAUUUCUGGACUGCACAACUGGAUCUUCUUUGGUACUGAGGAGGCACAGAAGCAGGCAGACUACUUGGGCUACAUUAGGAAACUCGAACUUGGAGGGAAAGGAGCGAUCUUGAAAAUUCACUACAAGUGGGCCAAUGUGAUGAAACCUGUUGGCUCCAUGUUUGUUGGUACAAGUCCUGAGUUGGAGAUGGCUCUGUACACAGUGUGCUUCCUUGUGCACCCUGAUCAGAAGUGUCAUGUGCGCAUGGCAGGCAAGCACUUCAGCAUCAGAACACAUACUUACCGCUACCAAAGCAAGAACGUGAUAGGCAGCGCCUUCCCCGAGAUAUAAUGCAACGUUACUUGCAACACCAAUCUAUGUGGGGCAAUAUUUAUACUUAUUUUCAAUAAAGCAAAUUUCUGAGACCAUACAUUAGUCUCAUAUACUACAACAUUUUAUUUAUAGGUAAGUCAGAAUGGUGAAGGCUCAAAUUAGAAUUGUCAUUAUUUUCAUCAUAACCUGCUACCAUGACGUUGCUCACUGAUAAUUUAUGCUCAUUAACACUGAGGAAAAUGUGGAUAUAGCCAUAAUCCCACCAGACCUGCAGUGAAAACAAACAGUUGCCUUAAUUCAACUGUCCAGUGGACACAAUCUCCAUGUUUUACACAUACAAAAUUAUCAUUAUUUGAAAGCCAUGUCUGCCCAUUAUAUAUUCAGAAUGUCAGAGAACUUAGCUUAAAGCUCUCUCAACAUUACUGAAAAACCAGACUGAAACUAGAGAGUUCCUGACAAUCCCAUUUUAUUGUUGCAUUUGAACAUCUGACACAUUGAAUAUUUUGUUUCUAAAUUGCGUUCAUUUAACACUUCCAUGACAACCUAAAGUUUGAACUUUCAAGAAGUACUGAUAUAUGGCUUGAACUGAGUAGAAGAGGACUGCAGAGAGCUCUUUCUUUUUUAGCUGAUACUGACACACACUAGAUAUCUGUUUUAAGGGCAAUAUAGGUCACAUUUAACAAGGAAAGGGUUAAAGACAGGCGGAAGAAAAAAUUACUUAAGCUAGAUAUUUCUUGUCAGAAAAUACAUGGACAAAAGCAUAAAAUGAGGCAUCAGCAUUACAUUUUACAUCAUAUCAAAUAAUGAAAGUAGAUUCUUCAUUGUAUCAUUGUCUGUAUCUGACAACCCUAACUUCAAUGCACCUUGUCCUUCCUGCAUGGUUUUAAUUGCCGAAGUUCUUACUGUAGUGCAUUAUCAAAUGGCAUUACUUGUACUGGCUUCCCACCCAAGAUAACCAUCUGCCUCAAGGAGACCUGAGAAAGUCGUUAGUUGUCCUUGAAAGUUGGGCCUGGAUGAUGUAUACAAUGAACAAGAUAAUUUACCCACUAAAUCAUUCCCUGAAGAUGGAGGUAGAGGACUCUGAAAUGUUCAAUUCUGACUAUAAAUUGAUGUGGACUGUUGCCUGAGAAAAUUUUAUGAUUUUAUCAUUCUUUGUCACUUUGAAAGCUUAGAUGUAUGUUCCAUUUAAUGUUAAUAACAAUAAACAAUAAACAAUAAGUUAUAAAUAUUCA